AUGAAUAUAGCUAGACAUGUUGUGCAGAUUGAAACCAAUGAGAAUGAUCAAGUAAGGGAACAAGGCUUGAAAAGGGGAAAUCAUAUGUUCACUUUCAUGUCAAAAGAGGAGUUGAAGAUCCGGAAUGAGCUUCAGAAGGACAUAGAGAGAGACUUGGAGGAAGAAAUCAAAGAUGAGAUAUACCAUAUGGCUCUGAAACUGCACCGCCUCUAUGCGGGAAGGAUUGCAAGCAAAAACCAGCAAGGGAGACUCUCUCAUCUCAGCAUUAGCAUAAGGUUGGAUGGAGGAACCAAGAUUGAAAUCAAAGAGACCAAGAAACAAGCUGUUAAUAGUAAUCCCCGGAGUUCGAAAUCCAAUAAUCCACAAACCAUGCCUGUUAAUGCUAAGAAGUUUGAUUGGGAGAAGAGUCUCCGAUCGGGUAAGUAUAAUCCGGUGAUUAUCAACAAGAGAAGUGAAAGAUCAAGUCGGGUCAAGACACCAAGGCAAUGAUCUUAUGAGCAUUAAGGGAGUGUAAUUGUGUGUGAUUUUACUAUUUUGAAAAGUGAUGAGUUUUCUUUGGACAUGGGUUUUUA